AUGUCACAGUAUAUUGCAAAUACCAAACCUUCUCACAAUGAUGGUAUGAAUCAACCUGCUGAUCAAUUUCGUAAGUCCAAGUAUGAAGAAAGAGAGGUUCCACCGCCAGGAGGUUUAGGAACUGCUAAGACUUAUACUGCUCCUGAAGGUAUGAAAGGUGACAAUUUUAUGAAAUUCAUAGAUAGUAAAGGUGGUAAACCAAUUAAAAAUAUCAACAAACUUUUCAGGGGCAGCACGCUCAUUCUCAUGAUUUUGGGCAUGGCUCUAGUGUCUGCAGUAUCUGCCAGAACUGGUGAUAACCAGUAUUAUAUUAAUACGAAAGUACUCGGACAAAAUCAUAAAGGUGGUUUAUAGAUGAUGUCUACAGACCCAAUCGUACUCUAUGGAGCACAAUUACCACGAGCACCAUGGAAACGAGUUCUCGAGCUGUGCACAAUUUAAGACUGGGUAAUUGUGAUGUGAAUUUUUAGCCUAAAUACUCCGAUAAAAAUCGUUGCAAAUCCAAUUUUCUUAGGACCGGUACACCCACACGGAUGCACAUCAGCAAAAAUACGUAAGGCUUGUAAAUCAGGACGCUAUAAACACCUUUU